AUGUGGGAAAAGAGAGCGAGUGGUAGCUGGGAGUUUCUAGAAGACCUGUCCCAAACGAUCGCAUCGCAGAAGAAAUCUGGGAAGGGGAGGAAGCAACCGAUCAGGCUAAAUCGUGAGCUCACGACACAAAAAGGAAGCACAGAGAAAGUAGGUCAGGUUUCCACGGGCCCGCUGCUCAUCGACUACGACGGCUCGGUGCUGCCCUUCCUCGGGGGGCUGGGCGGCAGGUACCAGCGGACCCUGGUGCUGCUCACCUGGGUCCCGGCCCUCUUCAUCGGCUUCAGCAAGUUCUCGGACUCCUUCCUUCUGGACCAGCCCGACUUCUGGUGCCGGGAGGCGGACGGGCAGGGCAACUGGAGCGGGUCCCUGGCGCCGGGCCACGCCAACCGCAGCGGCAACGGCAGCAUCUUCCCCCCGCCCGGGCUGCCCACCCCCGCGGGGGGCAACGCCAGCGAGUGUGACUGCCACGAGUGGCACUACCGCAUCAGAGCCGGCCUCGUCCAAAACGUCGUGAGCAAGUGGGAUCUUGUUUGUGAUUCUGCCUGGAAAGUUCACAUUGCUAAAUUCUCCCUACUGGUAGGAUUAAUCUUCGGCCACUUAAUAACAGGAUGUAUAGCUGACUGGGUUGGUCGACGGCCUGUACUGCUCUUCUCUGUCAUAUUCAUUUUGAUAUUUGGACUGACUGUGGCACUCUCAGUGAACGUGACCAUGUUCAGCACACUCAGGUUUUUUGAGGGGUUUUGCCUGGCUGGAAUAGUCCUCUCCCUGUACGCACUGCGGAUAGAGCUCUGUCCCCCUGGGCACCGGUUCAUGAUCACCAUGGUGGCGAGCUUCAUCGAAAUGUCGGGGCAGUUCCUCAUGCCAGGGCUGGCUGCCCUCUGCAGGGACUGGCAGGUCCUCCAGGCAGUCAUCAUCUGUCCUUUCCUGCUGAUGCUGCUCUACUGGGUUAUUUUCCCAGAGUCCCUUCGGUGGCUGAUGGCUACACAGCAGUUUGAGGCAUCCAAGGAACUGAUCCUUCAGUUCACGCACAAGAACAGGAUGAACACGGAAAGCGACAUCAAAGGAGUGGUGCCCGGGCAUAGGAUGGACGAAUCAGUGCAUAGGAUGGACGAUGCUGUGGGAAUGAAGCUGUUGUCUGUUCCUCAUUUGUUGCAGAAUUUGGAAGAGCUGGAAAAGGAGAUCACCAGGAGACCGAAGAAAGUCUGCAUUGUUAAAGUGGUGGGAACAAGGAACCUGUGGAAAAACAUUGUAGUAUUGUGUGUGAACUCGCUGACUGGUUACGGCAUACACCACUGUUUUGCAAAAAGCAUGAUGGGGCACGAAGCGAAGAUGGCAAUUACCCACAACUUCUAUGCGGACUACUACACCAUGGCUGGGAUUGCCCUGGCAUCCUGCCUGGCCAUGUGCCCGGUGGUCGGGUUUCUGGGGAGAAGAGGAGGACUCCUGCUUUUCAUGAUCCUUACAGCCCUGGCAUCGCUUCUGCAGCUGGGCCUUCUCAACUUGAUCGGAAAAUACAGUCAACUUCCAGACUCAGGUAUGAGUGACAGCGUCAAAGACAAAUUCUCUACUGCGUUUUCCAUCGUGGGUAUGUUUUCUUCGCAUGCCGUUGGAAGCCUCAGCGUGUUCUUCUGUGCUGAAAUCACACCCACAGUAAUCAGGGGAGGCGGGCUGGGGCUGGUCCUGGCCAGUGCGGGCUUCGGCCGCCUGACCGCCCCCAUCAUGGAGCUCCACAACCAGAAAGGCUACUUCCUCCACCACGUCAUCUUCGCCUGCUGUACGCUCAUCUGCAUCAUCUGCAUCCUGCUGCUGCCGGAGAGCAAGAACCAGAACCUGCCCGAAAACAUCCCGGACGGGGAACAUUACACCCGGCAGCCCCUCCUGCCGCACAAGAAGGGGGAGCAGCCCCUGCUCCUGACAAACUCUGAACUCAAGGAUUACUCCGGCCUCCACGAUUCGGCAGCUGUGAGCGACGGGAUCUCAGAGAACACCACUGCCAACGGGAUGAAGUCGAUGUAACCGGGUGGAUUUUUUUUUCCUUCUUUUUUUUUGGUUGGGUGUUUUUUUUUUCCCUUCUCCUCUUUCUUUCGUAUUUUAUUUGAUGCUGUUGUGCAGGAGGAGCAGCACUUUGGGCAAAGGUGUUUGCACAGAUUUUACAAACCAGUGAUGGAGCAGACACAGACUUGGGGGAAUUCAACUCUGCUGCUAAAGCAACUUUUGGCAUCUUCAACUGUUGUGCAGAUUGCUCUUGAAAAAGUUAUGGGGGAAAAGACUCAUCUGGGAAAAGACCUGGCCGGAGGGAGCCCUUCAGAACUCUUUUUUUCCUGCCAUUAAAUACAUAUAUUUAUUUUGAUUUAUUCUCAAGAAGCACUUUAUUUCCUUUUCCUUUCAUAGAUCACAAAAAUGAAGCCAUCUUAUAAUAAGAGGUGCAGCCAUUCCAAGAAAGAAACCGUGGGGGGGUUGUUUUCUGUUUUGUUUUUGUGUUUCUUUAAAGGAAAGAGGGAUCCACUGCAAAGUUGAAUUGACUGAAAUUUAGACUUGUGCAAAAUUCUUGUGCCUGUCUAGAAAGUCCAAGCGCCCAGGUUGCCUGCUGUGUUUGUAUACACCAAAAAAAAAAAGAAAAAAAAAAAAGAAAAACCUGUUGUGACUCUGACUGCAUUUUAGGAAGCUUAUGUUUGUUUUUGUAGCCCAUGCGCACUUAAAAGUUACUUUCUAAAUUAGUACUGGGGUUUUUUUCACCGAAUGCAGUGAAGAAAAUCCUACCUAACCAAGCUGAUUUUUCAACGAGAAUCAGCCUUCUGCAUUUUAAGAGUCCAUUAAUCUAUUUUAGACGGUUCCCGCUGGUCUUUAAUAGUAAUAUAGAUGAUGUAAGUGAUUUGACCAAUGAUGCAAAAAUUAGUUUUUCCAAGAAUGGCUUUAAUUACCAGGCGGCCCAGAAUCUCUUGAUUGACUGCUCCAGGAGAAGAGCAUAGACCAGCAGGGACAAAAAGUAAGGAGCGUGGGCUACGAUCUCUACUUUUAUUCCAAAAGGCAGCGCGGCUGGGAUUCCCGCUCCUGGGAAGUGAGUGCCCUGGCACUGCUUUACCUGUUUUUAGAACCAGGGUUUUUGUUUUCAAUUUAAGUGGACAAAAUGCUUAAGUGACUGUCGGAAAGGAAUGAAUUGAUAGCCUGUGAAUAAUGACUUACAGUUGGCUGUCCUGGGGCUUUUAGAGAUGUUUUCUGGUUCUGACCCAAGCAUAUACAGUGAACUCACCCAGAUUUCCCCCCUUCCCCAGCUGCUCUCGUAGGACUUCCAUUCAGAAAAAAAAAAAGUUUACUUAAAUUGGAUGGAUCCUACUCUAGGCUAAGCAAAGCGAACACCCAGUUUGUCUCUUACUGUGCAGAUGGCACUUUGAUAGUGGCCGCCUGACUUCUCUCCUCCAGCCCCCAAACCAUUUCCUUUGGCCAUCAGCUUCUGGUUCUCACUGUGAAUAUCGUGAGGAUCUAGUUCAAUGCAAGAACUUUGUAAACAAACAGCUUUCUUGCAUUGUAGUUAACCUCCCUGCUCUCCCUCCCUCUUCUCCUUUCUCAGGCCAUCCAUUUGUGAUUGCUCAGUAGUGCAGACGUUCAAACAACCAGAGCAGCAGGAUGUUGAUGUUGUAUUGAGUGUCCAUAUGAUUGCCACUUUGUUUGAUGUACAUCUUGCGUUCGUACGCAUGGAAAGCGCUCAUUUGCACUUUCCUCCUCUACCUUCCCUCCCCCUUUGCUGUAUCUUUCCUCUUCUACCUUCCCUCCCUCCUUUGCUGUAUAUAUUGUCGAUUAACUACUGUACCUAACAAUUUCCAUCCUCUAUUAGGCUGCCGAUGUCCUCUUACAGGCCCAAAUAAAUCAGAGAUACGUGCUUCCCAGCAGGCAAUGCAGUAAGUAGCGCGGCCUCAGACACUGACGCGUGCAAGGGGACAGGUAGACCUGCAGAAACGACAGAGAUUGUUGCGUUCAGAGUAACAACGUUGUCCUAAAGCUGCUAAUUUUUGUACAGAGGAUGCGGACAUUCAGGUUCUUCUUGAGCCUGGUAAGAAACACUGGACCAGUUGAUGGUAGUUUUGCCCAAAGUUACACUACUGGGUUUUUUCACCUUUGCUAGACUUGCUGUGACAGCAAGAGCCCAAUCUUCCUUACACUCAAGUUUUAUUGUCGAGCUUGAGCACGGCUGCUUCUCUUUUUGUUCUGCGCUGAGACUUCCGCAGUCUGUGUUCACCUAAGGAAAAAAAAAACCAGGCCUUCCCCAUUCAUGCAGUAUUCACGUGCCAAAUUUGUGCAAUAACUUUUGCCUUUGAUAUGAGAUGCUUGUUGCAAGCCACACACAUUGGGGGGGGAAGCGGGUUCACAACAAAAAAUUGAAGAAGCAAAACAAGCCUUCAUGGAAAAGGGCCUGAAAGCGGGGGAGCAGGGGCGAGCGCAGAGGCGGAGAGCAGCGUCCUGCCAUCCAUCACGCCAUGGAGUCAGCGGCUCCUUCGUUCGUGGUCUCUGUGCGUGUGUGCUCAAGCUACGGUAUGGCUCUUGUAGACCGUCCACAAGCCUAUCAAACCGGCUGCUUCCGGCACUGUCAGCGGUCCUGCUGUGCUCGCCGCUGUUGUCCACAGCACUUUAUCGUUUCCUAUUCUGGUGGUUGCUUUCUGAUGACAGACGGGCCCAGGGAAGAGAAUGGUUGUUUAAACAUAUCAACAUUUAUAUAGUAAACAAACUAGGUGACAGGAACAAGCGGCGAUUUUUUUUUAAAAGUCUUACGGAAUUGUCUUGAUUUGCUGCUUUUUUGGGUUUUUUGCCUGAAACCAGGUAGUCGGUACUGAUCUUCUGCAACGUGGGGAUCCCCAGCUUCUUAAGUUGGUCUGGCCCUCUGCCUCUGUCAUGACAAUAAAACACAAACUAAUUUCCUGCUUUGGCAGCUCCAGUUUUGCUCCUUUUCCUGAAAAGAUGAACACCUCUGUGAUGAUUAUUUUUUUCCACACACGCUCACAGAGUUGGAAAGCUUUUGCUAAGCCUAUCUUGUGUGGAGGAGUCGGGUACCAGGUGAUGCAGCAGGGCAGAAAGGAAACGCGGAGAUGCUUACUCUGCUCUGCCUAGUCCUGCGGCAGGACAGGGCUCUCUGCUGGGGUCCCAGUCUGCCGCACCAUCGGCUCCUCGGACGCCUCUCCUCCGCAGCCAUCGCCAGGAAAGGCUUUUCUCAGGCGGCUCUUUCUGGCCACCGCAACAGGGGAAGCGGUCAAAGCUGUCCUGUCCAUUUUGGCCUUUUUCUGUGAACCUUCAGUAACCUCUAAGACCAUCAGUGGAUUUUUCUUUGGGUUUACCAUUUAAGGGCUUUCUUCCAUCUUUGUAAGUUUAAACAAAAAUGUGAAUGUGACAUUAUGCUUGAUCUUGGGGGGUUUUGUCCCCUUUUAAGGUUUCAGUACUGCUUUUGUUGCCAGACACACUGCAAAGGGAUAACGACAGUUGCCUGUUUGCAAGUGUUUUGUGGCCACUCAGAAAGGGGGUUGUGUGAUUUACUUUUUGGGUUUGUUGAGCAGGCUUUUUUUUUUUUUUUUUUUUUUGAAGGGUUUUUUUGGAAGUAUUUUACUUAACUGUUGCCACUUCCUGGAGCCAAACACUAAAGGUCACCAAAUUGGAAGCAGAAGUGCCAUUAACUGAACUCUGUGAAUGUCAAGUCAAGUUGCGCCUGUAGCUGGCACAUAAGACAACACUAUUAAGUGGGGGGAUGAUCUCCCCUGCUGUAACUCUCUUCUGGGGUUUUUUGGGGUUUUUUUGAAGAAAAAUAAAAUGACAAACCUCAUUUUAAAUGUAUUGUGUAAAAUGUUUCAGGAAAGGAGUAUGGUGUGUUAUGUCUAGUGGGUGAGACCUCCCUCCCCAUUUCAGCUUCUGAUGAAGUUUUAAAGAAUCGUGUUACUGUACGUUUUGAUCAUGAAUAGUCUGGUGGUGCUUCCUCAUAGCACAAGCUUAAAUCAAGUACUGAAAACAGUCUUACAAGCUAAAUGUCUGCAUGAUGUUACAUCUGUUGUACCUACUGAAAAGAACUUUGUAUGUAAAUGUACAGAAUAAAAUGACGUUGUCCCAUCA